GAUGCAAAUUGUGAAGGCUAAUCAACUGAAGAUUCGUUUAAUAAACGGCAUUGAAAUAUGGAAAAAAUUUCAAGAUGAAGGAAAAGAAAUAAAUAAUUUUAGAUUAUCAACAAAAACGUCAAAAGAAUCCAAGCAUCUACAAAAAAAACUGGAAAUAAUCCUUUCCAAGUCUAUAAGACAAGCGACAAAUCUUAAAGUUAAUUUGAAAAAGCCUGAUGUAGAGGUCUACGUUAAUGUGAGUCCUACUGAUAUAACAAUAGGCUUCCCUUUGACAAAAACACCAUUGUCAAAUCGACCUUACAUAAAGCACAUAGGCUUACGAUCUACUGUCGCUCACAUAUUAUGCAAAUUAAUUGAGCCGAAACCCGAAGAUGUAAUCAUCGAUCCAAUGUGUGGAUAUGGAACCAUCUUAUGCGAAAUGAAGAAUUAUAUUGCGAAUACAAAAUGUUCUGGUUACGAUAUAAACGAGGAUUCAAUUGCAAAGGCAGUCGAAAAUGCUGGUGAAUUUGAUGACUUAAAAUUUCAGAGAAUCGAUAUUAAAGAUUUAUCGCUGGCUGAUGAUAGUGUUGAUGGAGUGGUUUGCGAUAUACCUUUUGGACAAAAACAUCUAAGCGUAGACGAAGCAAAAGAGCUACUUCCUCGUAUCCUACAGACAAUAUUAAAAAUAUUAAAACAAGAAAAGUUAGCUGCCAUUUUAUUAAGUCCUGAAUUAAGAAAGUCGAUAACUUCUAAGGAGGUGAAUGGAUGUACCCUAACAAAAAUAAGUGAGGAUUCAUUGAAGCUUGGAGAGACUUGGGCAUAUAUUAUUGUCUUUAAAAAAACUCAAAAUACUGAUUAA